CUGCAGGAAGUAUUAUAGCACAAUGAAAAACUAUGUGUGUGCUCUAAUCAUUUUCCAUUUUACGAUAGGACACUAUGUUGUGUACGAUGCCCGAAACUGCGGUACAACACAAAUGAGAAACCCCGCACAAAGUCUAGCUGGAACUAGGGCCAGACGUUCUUUCAAUGACAACUCAAAUGCUAACGAUGAUGAACUCCAUCUAGGGUUGAAUGAGAAUGACGUUCAGGACGAUGACGAAGACGACUUUAUGCAAGAAAAGGUAAUGGGAGGUAGACGAGCUGAAAGAGGAGAACUUCCUUGGGCAGUUUUGUUAAAGAUUUCAUACAACGGGGACACGUAUGUAUGCGGAGGAACGCUGGUUUCGAGAAGACAUGUCAUUACCGCAGCUCACUGUUUUUGGGCGUCAAAUAACAAGAAAAUGGGGUGUUGCAGUCCCUGGGACAUGCUCCCUGAGAUAGAUGCGAUACAUAACACAGAAGUUUUUAUUGGUGGAACGUGCUCUUCAGCAGGCAGAUUCGGCUGCACUUGGUCAGAUAUCGGCCGAAAGUACAAAAUUGCGCGGUACGUCUCAGCCGAAAUCACAGCGGCUAACGCAUUUUAUGUGCUUUACUUCGCGUAUGGCUGCAAUGGGACUUAUGACAUAGCCAUUCUUGAGUUGACAGAAGAUGUUCCGAAGACGAUUAAUCAUAUCUGCCUUCCUUUUAUGCACCAUCUGGAAGAGCUUGAAGACCCCUACCUGGAGCUAAGGUCAUUCGGAUGGGGAGCAGACCCUUUGAACCACGCCGGAGAGCCGCCGCCGACCUCGCCCUACCUGCAGAUAGCGGAUUUAGGUGCGAAAUUAUCGAAGGAGACGUGCGACAGAAUGAAACCUUUUGAAGCAGAGGAUACGUUUUGCACCAGAUCCAAUGGGCAAAUUGUUUGCCAAGGUGACAGCGGUGGAGGCCUCACUACGAAAAUUCGUGGAAGAAGUUACUUGGUGGGAAUAGUUUCGUAUGGACCAAAAUGUAACAGUAUUGCUGAAAUGCUACCCCGUCAAUCCUUACAGGUUUACACUGAUAUCAUGUACCACAAGAAGAUGAUUGAGACGAGGAUCCAAACUUCAUCGUAAAAAUGAUGCAGUUCUUCUGCACAAAGAUACUUCGCUAAAAGUUCUGGCUUUACCAUACUAUCGUCCGUCCCAACCGAUUACAGGCCGAAGAUGGAAUGGAGCGCGCCCGUACUGUAGCUAUCUACUCUAAACAAAUCUAUUCAAUCUAUUUGAUCUAUUUAUUCAUUUUCCUCCUUCGGCAUAGAAAUAAACUAU